GCUAUUGUGGCCAUUAUUCCGAUCACGUUAGAGUAUAUCAAAUGGUAUCGUAUAUUGAAUUACUGGUCGAAACGCAAUAUCUCGGGUCCAAAACCCAUACCAUAUGUGGGAAAUAUGUUAAGCCUUGCCUUAAAUGCGAGACCAGUUGUUGAUAUGGAUUGGUAUAAGACUUACGGCAAAACCCACGGCUUUUACGAAUGGGGAGCACCCAUACUAACGGUGUCGGACCCGGAGCUCAUCAAACAGAUUCUGGUGAAAGACUUUUACAAAUUCCGUAACCGACGGCCAGUGCCGGGCAAAGGGACCGGCAUUUUCUCAAAGACAAUGCUCACGGCGAGGGAUGACCAAUGGAAACGGAUCCGAGCCAUAGCCAGUCCCACAUUCAGCUCAUAUAAAUUGAAACGCUUGUACCCACUCAUCAACGAGUGUUGCCGUGACUUCUUGGCCGCACUCGACAGAGACGUGUCCACCGGUCGGACGGAAGUGGACUUAAAGCUAGUAAUGGGCGCCUAUAGUAUGGAUGUGAUCGCCAGCACAGCGUUUGCCACCAAAACCAACCCUUAUUUCUCAGCCAACAAUCCAUUUGUAAUGAAAGCCAAUCGCGUGAUGAAAAUCGUAUUUUCACUCAUAACGUGGCAGACAUUUGUGGCAAUGAUUUUACCCACUUUUCUGACCAAAACCCCGGCGUGGAAACGGGUGGCCAAAGGGGUCCAAUCAAACGCUACGUUUUUCAUUGAUGUCGUACAACGGCUAAUGUCUGAGCGCAAGAAAUCGGACAAAAAACGCAAUGAUUUCAUGCAGUUAUUAAUGGAUGUCAAGCGAGAGGACAACAACAACACGACGACGACGACUACCGGUGCCGGCGAUGCUAUGUCUGGACAUCACGUGAACGAAGGCAUUGACGAACUGAUGGCAGAGAAACAGGCGUUGAGUGGAGUCGUGGAGAAGAAGUUAACCGAAGCCGAGAUCAUCGCUCAAUGCCUACUAUUUUUUGUGGCCGGUUAUGAGACAACGGCCACAACUCUGGCGUAUUGUUUGUAUGAGUUGGCACUCAAUCCCGAUAUUCAGGACCUGUUGGUGGCGGAGACCAGAGAGGCGUUCAAUGAAAACACGGCAGACAUAGACUACGAAACCCUUUGCCGACUCCCACUCCUCGACGCCGUUAUAUCGGAAACGUUACGACACUAUCCGGUAGGGCUCAGGCCUAUGAGGGAGGCCAUGGAGGACGUGGUGCUGUGCAAUGGUAACGACGGGUCAACCAUUAAGAUUGAUAAGGGUUUGAUUGUAGAGUUACCGUUGUAUGCCAUACAUCACGACGAGGACUACUAUCCCGACCCGUUUGCCUUCAAACCCGACCGGUUUUUACCCGAAAAUCGCCAUAACAUCAAACCCUAUACAUACCUACCGUUCGGCUCCGGACCCCGUAAUUGCAUUGGUAUGCGUUUCGCAAUGCUUUCGAUGAAACUAGUUGUGGCCAAAAUGGUUCAACAAUUCCGUGUCUAUCGGGUGCCCGACACGGAUGUGCCCGUAGUGUUCACUCCGGGUCGCAAUCUAUUAAUGCCCGAUAGACUUGUAGUGGGAGUUGCGAAACGUUAA